GUGGUGCGACGUAAUGCCUAACGCAUUUAUCUCGCAUUUACUUCUAAAUGGCCACGUAACGUUCUUUUUUCAUGUUUUUUCUCGUUCAGAUGCUCGUUAUGUACAAGUCUUACUUCGUAGAAGAUGUGCCGACGAGAAAAGGUUGAUCUGAACGCAGUUUAACGUCAUCCAAGAUGGCCGGCAUGCGGCGAUGGCUCGGCGCUAGGUGCGACUCCACCGAGGACGAAACGUAGUGCGAUGACCUUUGCACUAUCGCAAACGCUUCCGUUAGUGAAACUCGAUCCUCCGCGACUCUUACGUACGGCCGUAUCUUUACGGGACCAGCGACGGCACAGUUGCGAAGUCAACCAAAUGGGGCAGAUCUGUGAGAGAAAAAAGAAAGACACUCCUGGUAUCGACUGCAACGAAGCAAGGCGCCCACUGCAGUGUGCUUCGUGUAGGAAGAGACACGUUUCGACCACAGCAAUGAUCGCCGAGGCUCUCCUCGCCGUCCUGGCUCUGUCAGCGUUGACGACGGCUUCCGACCCGAGUCAGUGGGAAGUGACCUCCGUGCCGGGACUGGACCAACCGCUAAACUUCAAGCAUUACUCGGGAUUCGUCGACGCUAGCGAGGGGCGACGGCUUCACUACUGGUUCAUGGAAAGCCAGCGCUCACCGUCUGAGGACCCCGUUCUGCUAUGGCUAAACGGCGGACCGUGCUGCAGCUCCCUCAUUGGCGCCAUCGCUGAGCUGGGCCCGUUCCGGGUGGGCUACCAGGGCAUCAACAUGACCACGAACCCUUUCAGCUGGAACAAGGUGGCGAACAUUAUCUUCCUGGAAUCACCGGCGGGCGUCGGGUUCUCCUACGAUCCCACCGGCAACUACGCCAGCGACGACACCAAAACGACCCGCGACAACUACCUCGCUGUGCUGGACUUCUUCGACAAGUAUCCCCAGUUCAAGCAGAAUGACUUCUACAUCGCGGGUGAAAGUUAUGCCGGUGUCUAUGUGCCCCUCCUUGCGCAGCUGUUUCUUCAAAACCCACGCGGAAUUAAUCUUAAGGGAUACGCAGUCGGAAACGGAGCACUGGAUAUGGAGCUUCUCGGCAACUCUAUUAUGUUCUUCGGCUACUACCAUGGCCUUUUUGGUCAUAGGCUCUGGAAGGAGCUGACCACUAACUGCUGCAAUGGUAGCAUUUCUCAGGAGACCUGCGAUUUUGGAUGGUCCACCAAGGAUCCCGCCUGCGUUGAACCGGCGAGGAAAGCCAACUACAUCGUCCUCAACAGCGGCCUGAACGUGUACAACCUGUACGACCCUUGCAGCUACAACCAGAGCAGCUGGUCGCUAGCGUUGCGCUAUCCGGAGACCACAAUGCACUACGCCACCAGGUGGCUCAUGAGCAGAUUCUUCAAGCGGCCUACCACGAGCUUCAACAUGGUCAGCCCCAAGUGUAUCGACCAGGAUCGCCUGCAGCUGUACUUCAACCGCCGCGACGUCAUCAAAGCUCUGCACGUCGAGGAAUCGCCGCUGCAGUGGUACCCUUGCAACCUGGCCAUCAACUACACCGAGCAGUACACGACGAUGCGCGAGGUCGUCCAAGAUCUGGCCGAGUCGGGCCAGCUGAAGGCUCUCGUCUACAACGGCGACGUCGACAUGGCCUGCAACUUCCUCGGCGGCGAUUGGUUCGUCAACAGCUUGGGAUACGAGCCAACAUCGGAGUACAGAAUGUGGCACGUGGGCCAAGUGAUCGCUGGGUUCGUCCAGAACUUCGAACACGACGUCAUUUUCGUCACUGUCAAGGGCUCCGGCCACAUGGUUCCCUUGGACAAGGCACAGGAAUCUCUUCACAUGAUCUCCAAUUUCCUCUCUGGCACCCCGUUUUCAUGAGCCUGCUGAAACCUGCGUUGAAUCAACAAACGCAGCAACCUAAAAUAAAAUGUAACG